UGCGGACAUAAGCGGCUUUUACUUGGAGUCCUCUCUCUAGGAGAGAGUUUCCAGGAUGAGAUAGAAGAGGGUUGACUCGGGGUCUCCUGUGGCAAGCACACCACAAAAUGAGAAAUUCCGGUAGGGGGAGCAGCCAGUGGAAAUACCUGUGGAGUCAGACUGUGAUAUCUAUCCUGUCUUCUUGGGAAAGUCUUAAGCACCAAAAAGCCCAUGGUAGAAACCACUGCCGAGAACACCCUUGAUCUCCUAUUUAAAACAUCCCCCCUAAAAGCUCCCAUGCGGUGUUUCUCAGCCCUGCCUUGCUGACGUCACACGCUGACUUUCCCCUGUGCCCAGUGCCUUGCCAGGCCCCUGCCAGCUGCUAAACUAGCGGUACCAUCUCAUCCCCUGCAGUUUCUAGAACGAGGUUCCGUCAGAGCACAGUGUUGGCAUGAGGGGCAAGAGUGCAGGGCUCGGCUAGGACUCACAUAAUCCCUUAGACCUCGUUUGUCUUCAUCUGGAGCGCGAGAGUGAGAUUGUUCUUGUGGGAUAUCACAAGAAUUAAACUGUGACACGCGUAAAGCGUGGUAUCUGCAGGACACGUGAACCAUUGCGCCGUUAAGGAGUAGGCGGACGUCUCCGAGGGCUUGCACAGAGCUGCACGCUGGGGUGUUAGGUGGCUGUCGUGUGUCACAUGCUGUGCGUUUGCGGUCACAGCCGGCACUGCACCUGUUUUCUCUUCCCCAAGUGCCGACCUCUUGGAGCGAAUUCCUGGGUCAUUAGGGCCGCCCUGUCUGAGGGCAAAUGCUCCCAACCGUGAACGAAGACUCCCAACACGCCAUGAGAUUUAUGGGACCUCUGCCCAUAAAGGAAGAAGGGGGAAAUUCGAAAACCGUUCUUCAGGCUUGAUACAGAAAUGUCAUAACUGUUCAUGCCUCUCGGAAAACAGAGACGCGACUAUAAAUGUUAUUACCAUGGCAACCAAUCAUGGAGUGAGGUGGCUGCUCGGCGCUGUGGGUUACAGGCGCGUGUGCCGGCGACGCAGCGAUCUCUGGAGUCACCAGUCGCACGUCCAGAGACGCGUGCGGUCAUGGAGCACAGGGAGGCCAUCUUCGCACAGUCCCACCGGACCCAAGAGGAGGGGUGGGCUUCUGCGGUUGCAGUCAGCUCGCCGUUGACUCGAACGGCCCUUUGCACAGAGCAGCGCCUUGUCUUCUGCCUCUUGCGGCAUUUGGGAGGGUCUGUGGCGUCCGAGCUGAGCGCUACAGCCAGCUUGCCCUGAGAGACAGCAGGCCUGAGGAGCGCGGAGGUCACGCUGCAGCCGAGGCCAAGAGCGGGCUGGCGUCGAGGUGCACACACGCUGUGCGUGCAGAAUCGCCCGACCGUGGCCAGGUGACUGCCAGCGGCCAGCAGGGUUGACUGGCCACGCCUCAGCUAGCUGGAGAUCGCGCUUUCCACGCGCUGGUGAAACUCUUGCCCUACCCUGUGAAGGGACUUGGCAGACGGCAUUGGAGGCAGGGCUGGGAGUCGUGAUGCUGCGGCCGAAGGGGGCGGCUGGCAGCACGGGCCGCGCUCGGUACUCCUCAGUCAUGAUGGCUGGUUCUUGCUGGCCCUCCCCUGUGCCAGGCGCUGCUCGCUUGGUGCACCUGGGCAGCAAUUGCAUCUUCAAAGAAAUGCCCUCUGCGAGAUUCCUAAAGAUUUCUUCCAGUUACUGCCAAACCUGACUUGGCUGGACCUCCGCUAUAACAGAAUUAAAGCGCUUCCUUCUGGGAUUGGGUCUCACAAGCAUUUGAAAACUUUGCUUUUAGAAAGAAAUCCUAUCAAAAUGUUACCUGUGGAGCUGGGGAACGUGACCUCACUGAAAGCGCUGAACCUGAGACACUGUCCUCUGGAGUUCCCCGCUCCGCUCGUGGUGCAGAAGGGACUGGGCGCUAUCCUGGCCUUCCUGCAGAUCUAUGCUGCCCAGCAUUCUGUCCCCCGAGAUUUAACUUCCCAAGCGAUUUCACCAGUUACAACGAUGAGCCUAAGUGAGCUGUCACAGCCCUCGUUGUAUUUAUCUGAAGAAGAAACUGUGCCUGACCCAGAUGCCAUUAAUUCCCAGGAUCAGAAGGGGUUGUUAAAAGAAAAGGCAGACUUUUUCCCGCCUGUUGAGAAGCUGGACCUGAGCGAGCUGAGAAAGUCCACUGACUCCGCGGAAGACUGGCCGGGUGAGGAAGAAAUCAAGCGCUUCUGGAAGCUGAGGCAGGAGCUCGUUGAGCACGAACAGGCCAAAGUGCUCGAAAACCAGCUCCUAGCGGUGGAGUUACCUCCAAAUCUCAGGGCGGCGUUGAACACGAAGGAUGGAGAGCACGCCAGCCCGAGACGCGUGUCCAGCGCGUGCCAUCCGAGGCUGAGUGGGCAUCGCAAGAGCUGUGAUUGUAGAAGGAAGACGCCCUCCGUCAGGAGCGUCCUACCUGCCCUGGCACCACGGCGGCUUCCUACCAGGAGGCCCCAGGAGAGCAGGGCCGUGGCCGACCGGGAGUGCCGGGAGAAGCAGGCGGUGGUGGAGCAGUGGAGACGAGAUGAACGAGCACCGCGGGGGUGGAGGGAGCACGCCUGGACCAGGAGGACCGUGGAGGAAGCGCCGAGCAAGCCCCUGCCUCCUUGGCGGAGUCUGGGGGCCUCAAAGAUUCCCUUUCCCACGGAUUUGAUAGAUAAUGAGAAAAUGCCCGUGAAUUCAUCCAGAAAAAUGAGGCCAAGCAAAGAGAAGUCAUCACAAGCAAGUAAACACAAGAGGCCCACACUCCGGAUGAACCCCCAGCCCCGUGGAUGUGUCCCCUCACAGCUCGUGAGCGCCGCUGUCAGAAAGCCCACAGCCUCCGCCCACCCUGUAAGCAGGGCUUUACUGAGAACCAGUGCCUUCCGAGAGGGGCAUCUAGAAGAAAGCCUAAAACAGCACAUUCAGAAAGCACAAGAAGGCAGGAAAGGGCUUCAGGGGAUGGAGCCGCUGGGGGAAGUCAGGCCGGCUGCACGGGACUUGGAGACCGCUAGAAAGCUGCAGGACGAAGUGAGGAAACUGAGACUGGGACCGACCUGGGCUAGAAGCCACCAGUUCACAGCUCUGGCUGGACAGCUGCCACUCCAGCCCCCUGCGUCCUGGCCUUGGAAUAUACUGUUUAACAUGAAAUAGGAGGAGUCUGAGAAAGCUGACAGAUGCUAAUGAGCGAGCAUCCCCUGUGCUGACUGAGGAGCUGGUUUAGAGCUCUUGAGCCCGCCGGGUGCCCCUCCCACACGCGUCUGGGGGGCGGGUCCAACGCCACCCCCGGGCUGUCUUUCACGGCCUCCAAUGUGUGGCUCUUCCGGAGGCCAGGCCGUACGCAGUUUACGCUGGAUUAAAGGAGAGAAUACCGUAAACGAGCCGCACGGUUUUCACUCCCGUGCCUGCGUCUCUGCCCAUCUGGCUGACGGCAUGUUUGGGUGUCAGCCCCCGUCCCCCCCACCUCUGCCGCCCUGGUCACCCACGUGACCCUCGUAUCCACUGACUCAUGCGUUUUAGUGGGAGGGGGUCAGAAGUCCGUGAGCCACCUCUCCGCACUGGCACUGCUGUCCUUUGGCCUCACCCUUUGUGCUGGCACACCUCGGCCUCUGUCCGCCCUUCACAGCCCACCCUCACCCAGGCCAGCCGGACCCUGCCUGACUUACUCUCCACGGGACCGCGGGAUUGAGUGUUAAAUAAAUCCCAGGCCUUAACCUUGAAAA